AUGCUUGGCACUCGUUAUUCGCGUCUAUCGCAUCGUUCAGUCACCUGGGCGGCCUUCGAAUCAAGGUUUGCCGACUCGGCCAAUGCCUAUUCAGGCAACGUGAGGCAGUGCCGCUUGGAUUACACACCAGCCCAAAUACAAUGUGUGUAUGGCGACGCGCUCAGCAGCCGUGCGCUGCUCUGUGGGGCUUUCACGGGCACCAAGAUUUUUACUUCCGUGGUGAGACGAGGUCCCUGUUUCGCGGGCGUUAAUAUUGCUCGGAAUGCUGCCUUUCGCCCAUACGAACGGGGUGUAGACCACCAGCUCGCGGGUUAUCUCCCCAGUGUGGACGCAACCCCUGCUGCCUCCAGUCUCAAGGAGUUUUUGCGGCGCCUCUUCCCGCUGUGCCAAUACAGCGCCACGCCGGGCCCUCUGGGGCCUCGGGGGCAAGGGCUCGCCCUGCCUGCCCUCUCCUCUGGAGAAAGGCUCCCCUCCCGGGCCCUGGCACCGGGAGCCCCUUGGCAGCCCCGGGGGGCACUCAGCUGCCUUGGGAGGGAGCCCCCUUCAGGAGAAAGAGCCCUCCCGGGAGGGCGAGGCCGGGCAGGGUCCGAGGGGGGCCCCGCUCCCCGAAGAAGAGCCCCGGAGAGGCCGGGAGUUUUGGCAAAGGGCCCCCGUCGGGUCGGAGCGCUGUGGGAGCAAGCCUACUUCGCGGAGAGAGGGACCCAGCUCCUGGUCACAGAUCCCAAAUGUGAAGAAGAAACGCACAAACCCAGCGUGGUUCUCCUGGGCCCCACAUGCCACAAGAAAAGCACCACGCUGGUGUGCCUGGCCUAUGGCUUCUUCUAUGAGUGGCCACUGGAUGUGACCUGGAAGCGUGAUGAAGAAAUAGUGCCCCGAACAGCUGUGGCAACUGAAAAGGCGAAGGCCGAGGGCACAUGCAGCUUUGGCAUUGCCAGUCGCCUAAGUGUGGCAGCUGCAGAGUGGAAGGAGGGCCACACCUACUCAUGUCACGUGCGCCAAGGGGACACUGCAGAGGUUGAAGACAAGAUGACUAAUGAAUUGAUCCAGCAGCCAAAUUCAGGCCUUUCUGAGAUGCAGCUCAGCCUUCACACAGGGCAGUUUGCCUUCCUUCUCCUGGCUGUCAAGAGCCUUGCCUAUGGCACUGUUCUGGUAAUCUACACAGCUUGUAGAAAAACAGGUUUUUAAUGGGAUUGUGGAGCCCUGCAUUCCUUUGUGGUUAUCAUUGACUGUAACAACAUUCACUCCCCCUGCACCCAAGAAAUGAAUUGUUUGCUUAUACGAGUGGAGAGCCAUGAAUUCUGCUCGGAGAUUUUCACAUCCUCCUUCACAGCCUCUUUUCAACCUUGGUAACCUGGAUUAGUCACUUGGCAAACUUUAUGCUAAAUUGCUUUUUGCCCUGAGCAAAUUUCAUUCUUUAUUUUGAGUGACAAUUUUUUUAAAAGAUGUUGACGUUCUGA